AUGUAUCUUCCCUCAAAGCCAAACAAAUAUGGCAUUGAAAUAAUGAUGCUGUGUGAUGUGAAAACAAAAUAUCUGAUCAAUGGAAUUCCAUACUUGGGGAAGGACUCCAACCCAUCUGGUCUGCCCUUAGGAGCUUAUUAUACAAAAGAACUCACCAAAACAAUUCAUGGUACAAAUAGGAAUGUAACCAUGGAUAAUUGGUUUACAUCCAUCCCACUAGCAAAGGAUAUGUUGAGCAGUCAUCAGCUGACAAUAGUUGGAACUCUACGUAGUAACAAAAAGGAGAUCCCUCCUGAAAUGAGCAAUGAAAAGUCAAGGAAGAUAGGCUCUGUAAUGUUCGCUUACAAUAACGAGCUGGUUUUAGUAUCAUACAAGGCAAAGAAGUCUAAAAUGGUGUUUCUACUCUCCACUACUCACGAAAAUGGUACUGUAUCUGAAACAACAGGAAAACCAGAUAUAGUUGAAUUUUAUAAUUCAACAAAGGGCGCAGUUGACACGUUUGAUGAGAUGUCAAGUAACAUGUCAUGCAGCCACAAGACACAGCGAUGGCCACUGUGCAUUUUUUAUGGAAUGGUCAACAGCACUUUAGUCAAUGCCUAUGUGAUAUAUGUUCAUAAUUCAGUAAAGGAAAAGAAGAAGCCAAUCAACCGGAGAGAGUUUGCUAAGCAACUUGAACGUUGCACCGACUAUGUUCAUCAGCAGGACGACUUCACGCUGGUCAAAUGGUUCCUGAAGGCAAGGACUGAGCUCAUCCUGCUGAACAAGUACUCCUUUGAUUGUGAUGUCAAGACAUGUUCCCUCUGCAAUUUGAAGGAAGAUGAGGGUGUGCCUCACUUCAUCGCCAGAUGCCCUGUUCUCGCUGAGAUCCGGACGAGACACCUGCGGAAGAGUAUCCUGUCUGAAGAGGAGUUGCGGGCACACCUGAAUGGUCAACACUGGCAGGCGGUGAGCCGGUACUGCAGGGAGGCAUGCCAGUACACAUUCUUUCUAGUCCAGCAGUUCAAUUUUUGA